GGCUUCACAUUACGCUGCAAUAGAGUUAUAAAACCCCGAUGUAAGGCUUUAGUUUUAUAUUAAUAUUAUAUUUCAUAUUAAAUAUUGGCUUUCCAGAGCACAUUUGACGUCAGAGGUGCGUCGAGGACUCGCGUUAUAUUUAUUAAGAAUUGUCUGAUAUUGGAUCUAACCUAUUGAAAUCACCUGGAAGAGGAGGAUGGACAUCACCUUUGGCUGAGCACUCCUAUCAAGAUUUAGUUUAAGGAACAUGGGGACAGUUUCCAUGCGCCAGCCUGAUUCAGCAGUAUGAUUGGAGCGUCCAGCCUCUCAGGGGACACCCUGAUAGCGUGCCACUUCCCUGUGGUCCAGCUUCCCACCUGGCAACUUCCUGUCCAGGCCCUGUGCAGUUCGGCCAAGAGGCCUGGCCGGCUGUGCUCAGUGGGCUUGACCCGAGCUGUGUCACUCCCAGAGCAAGACUCUCUGAACCAAGAGCAUGCCUUCAAAGGUGGUCGGAGACAUUUUUCCAGCAGCUACGGUAGUCUCAACGAGGACCGAGCUGAGGAGGAGGGGGGCAGCGACAGCAGCGGGAGGUACGACUCCAAUUCAUCACCAGAGGAGACGAGUUCCCAUCUGAAGAAGGAAAGCUCUGGAGCUAGAGACAGUCUGCGCUCACACAACUCAUUUCUCCCCAAUACAGAGCUUGAUGAGGAUGAGGAAGAUGAGGAUAGUGAUGGAGAUAAUCUACACAGAUAUCAUGAGGACUCAUCUUUUGUGUUGCAUGGAAACACCAACUGGCCUCUGAGUAAUGGUACCAGGAAUCAUACAAUGUCCCAUGGGUACAUGGAUGGUGAAUGGGGCCAUGAAGGCACCAUGUUGAGUACUGAGAGUGACCGAGAGUGGCUCUCUAACCAGCCUCAUCACCCAGACUCAGUGCAGACUGAAUGCCAGUGCUGUCAUGUGAUCAAACCUGGCAUCCUGGUGAUGGCUUAUGGAGAGCAGGAUGCAGACAGACUGAAGGAUAACAUGUCCUGCUGCAUCCACAGCCAACACAAAUGUUCCCCAGAGCUGUUCUCCAACAAUCACACAGAGUACGUGAGCGACUCUUCCUGUAACAGCUCCGACGGCGUCUUGGUUAACUUCUGCACUAUCUAUAACAGGAGCAACAACCCCGCCACGCCUCAUGACCUCAGCAGUCCUGCAGUUCACCCCGCUCAGUCACCUGAGGGAUCUGUGUUCCUCAGCCUGCAACCUGUUCCUCAGACUCCAGCCGAGGACCUCCAACAUGACGACAUGACAGUGAACUCCCCCCCUAAAGAGGAAGUUGACACGACACCCUCAGCCUCCUGCUGGUCUCCUCAGGGCCUCGACUCUAACUGCAAUCUUUACUCCCUGGAGCCGCUACCCCCGGGUCUCUCCUCGCUGGAGGUGUCAGACUUGGCUGCCUGUCUCCAGAGCCAGGCCACACUGGCCAUAGGGACCAACCAGAAGUAUUACAAGCUUGUGACUUGUGACCUGUCCUCCCAGUCGCCCAGCCCGGCCUGGUCCAGCCUCACCAGCUGCACUGAGGGUCAGUGCAGGAGUAGCCCCUUCCCUCCGUCUGAGCACCUCAGUGUUGAUCAUGAGAAAGAAGGACAAGACAAAGAAGUCAAGAUGGAGAAAGAGGACCAACAAAAGGAAAAAAGGUUCUCUUCUGCUCAGUACAGCGCCGAGUUUGAAUGCUCUCAGUUUCAGACCUAUGAUUACCAAGUUGCCUCCACCUCCACUGAGCAAGCCCUCUGCAGGAAGAAACAUACAGACAGCAUCCAAAACCUCUCCCACACGCCCUGUUCGCUGUGCCCCAGCCAGUGUAGCCCACAUAGCAGCAAAUGCCAAGGCACAAGCACUGCGUCCACACAGCCAUCUGUGAUUCUGCACCAGGAGCACUGUGAUACUGAUGCUACUGAGAAGGGAGCGUGCUCAUUGGAAAAUGCAGUGGUGCGCUACAGUAAGGCCCAAAGACCAACCUCGCUGCCCAUCCAGCCCUUAGUUCUGGUCCCUGCAGGCAAACCCCAGACCCAGCACCUGGGCUGUCUUCUAGAGCAGUACAUGAAUCAGAAGAGCAACAAGUCUGGUAGCUCCCAACCAGGCCUCAAAUUCAAGGGCAAAAGCAGUCAGUGCUUUUCUAAUCUUCAGCCAUCCCCAAUGGGCAAUCACUGCCCCAUCUUCCUGGAGGCUCCUUCGAGCUCGGACACCUGCUCCACCUGCACGCCGAGUCCAGAGUGCUUCAGCCGCAGACGUGCAUGGAGCCAGUCCAGCAGAGGCCACGGACGUCCAAGUCCCUGUGCAUCAAAAAGCAGACUGGAUCCAAUGCACAUCAGCCCAAAGCCCAGACUGGCCCAGGAGCAAGAUAAAACAAGCCCCUACUCAGGCAAAAUUCUGACUAACACUUUUUCAAAUCUGAUUUCAGCUCAGUCCAACCUUGUUAAAAUUCCCACCUACCAGGACCUUAUUAACUUCACCCCUGCGCAGGGUCAUGCCAACAGUGAGCCCAAAACUCCCAAGAAGUCCCACACCCCCUACCCUCCAGUAUUCUCUCAUACACCCCCCACUUUACUCCUAACCACUGACACCAAUCACCCAAACCUGCAGGUGUCCCUGUCUCCUCCCACUACUGUACAACCAGAAAAAAAGCUCCCUCAGUACCAAGCUGCACCUGCAGCUGACUCUGGCUUUUUUCAUGGUAGUUUCACAGCUGCCCUCUCCUCCGUAGCUCCUCUCUCAUCUUUGAGUUCUCUGCUUUCAUUGGCUGCUUCUGGGCUGCAAAUCCAGGAGUCUGCAGUGCUCAGUGGGAAGCCGAGUCAGAGUCAACACAGUGAAUCUCUGAUACUGAGUGACAAGCCACCCACAGAGUUCUGCCUCUCACCAGAUACGUCUUAUGAGUCUAUGUCUAUCAGCCAUCUUCAGAGGAGAGGCUUGCUGAGGUCUGUGAGCAGGGUGGUGGAUUUGAUCAUGGCUCAUUUUGGCAGCAGCAGAGACCCUGAAGAAAAGAUGCGUCUGGGUAACAGCUCCCGCAGCCCCACGAUCGCUGGUCUGGUGCUGGAACAUUUGUGUCCAGCGAUCCAGAAUAUUUUAGAGGACGGUCUGCGGGAUCACAAGCUGGAUUUCAUUAUAGGGCAGCGCCGCAACCACUCCUGGAGUGUGGUGGAGGUCUCUACUAGGAUUGGUCCAUCCACCAGGGUCCUUUAUAGCCUCGUCUCCAAAAUCAGACAGUGUCCGCAGCUCACCAACCACUGCAUGAGACUGAGAGCCUUCAUCAUGGGCCUGCUGAACUUGAGAGCUUUGGAAUUCUGGCUCAGUCACCUUCAGAGUCAAAAAGAUGUGGUGACAACAUACUACCAUUCUUGGGGCUUCCUGUCCAUGUCACUGGGUCAGUGUCAGCCCUUGUUUCAGGAGCUGCUACUUCUGCUGCAGCCGCUCUCCGUGUUGCCCUUCGACCUCAACUUGCUCCUGGAGCCCCGACUGUUACUUAACAGACAGCUGUGUUUGGAGGAAGAGGGUGUUUCUCCACCUCCGCCGUGCUCAGCCCUCCUAGUGACCAGCUGGCCACUACUGCAAGCAGACAAAAAGGCAGACAGCAGCCACAGCAGUCAGCAAACUAAGAUUUCACACCACACAGGUCUGCAUCACCAAGAGUCUCCCACUUCUCAGAACUGUGUCAAGCAGGAUUGCGGAGGGAUGCAGACGAACAGGAGUCCAUUGUUAGCUCCUAUUCCAGAGUGGUGGCCGACAGAGCCUGACCUUAUGGAUGGUGUGGUUGAAGGGGAGGACUGUAGCCAUAAUUAUGGAGAUACUUGGUCUCAAAUAAGUAUGGACAGCAGGCAAGAAGAGAGGAAGGGAGAGAAAGACAAUGAGACCCCAACUGCGUCCACUUGUGUCCAGGCUGAGAGUCCAUGUCAGGGUGGGCUGCGCUGGGCCAAACUGUUUGGAGCAGCUGAUAUGCCCACCCGGACAGAGACAGUAUCUCAGAGUCACAUUGGAGCACAAACCAAAAGGUACAGGCGACCAUCACAGUGGCUGCAUUUUGACAGAUCGCAACUCGGACUGUUGGCUCAAUCCAUCAGGGCGAUGAAGCUCGGAGGAGUGCAUACUAACAAGGACUGCUGAAAACUGAACCCUCUGUGGGUGGAGGACUGAGUGGAGCUCAUUUACUGUAAAAACAAAAAGUCUUAACUGCAUGAUAAUUAACACAUAGUGCUGAACUGAUCAGAAAGCACAUAAAAUACAGGAUUAACUGCCUGGCAAUGGCCCGCAUUCAUCACGCUUUGUGUUGCACCAGCUAUUCAUAAAUCCGUUACUAAAGCCUAAUUGAUGGCAGGGUGCUUGACACUUUUGAGGAGUGUUGCUCGACAGAAAUUAAAGAGCCAUGCGGCAUUUGGAAUUUAUGCUUUGGUGGAAGGUUUCAGCUGUCUCCGUGGUAACCAGACGCUGUCCUCCAGCCGGCUUGUGUCAUCCCAAUCUGGAAAUAGAUUCUUCUGACAGCUGUUUGUUUUGUAUCUAUAUUUGUCCUGCUUUGUUUCUUUUUGUAUUUUUUAGUUAAUUGAAAUGGAAGAGAUUUAUUUUUUAAACAUUAUUUUUGGCUUCUUGCCUUUAUUGGAUAGGACAGUUUAAGCAUGAAAGAGGGAGAGAGAGAGGAUGACAUGCAACAAACCAGUGGCUGCUGCAGCAAAGACAUUGCCUUCAGAUAUGGGAUGCCUGCUCUACCCACUAAGCCACUGGGUGCCCAAGGCAGAGAUUUCAAACUCACUUCUACUGAGGAGAAAACAAGAGUGCAAGAAAAGGAGGUGGUCAGUGCAUCCAUUGAACCAAACAAGGGAGCUACAGGGUGAAUAAAUGUGACGCAAUGUGACUACCUAAUAAAACUGCAGGACAAAAUAUGAGUAUGUGUGACAUAACAAAAUCCUCCAGGUACACGACAUUAGUGGAAACUUUUCCAUCAAAAAUAGGUCAUUUCUGUCAAGCGACACUCAUUAAAAGUGUCAGGUGCCCCUCCGUAAAUCAGCCAUUAGUUUUGUGAUUCCUUUUGAGGUUCUUAGGAUCAGCUAGUUUCUAAAUAAAUAAGGUUGCAUCAUUUAAACUAAUUUGUAAAACUUAAGUGUGUACAAGGACAACGGCUGUCCAAUCAACUCUGUAAACAGAAAGUUGCUGUAGCAUCACAAACUAGCAUAACUGCCAAAAAUAACAAUUUUAACAUCCAAUCUAAUAUUAUAUCUAACUGCCAUUCACUGUAGAUGUUAGGAGGGCCCAAUUCUAUUUUAUAUAUCUGUACAUGGAGAAAUAAGUGUAUAGAGUUUGUGUUAAAUAUAAUAUUUAGAUAGUUUAUAAUGAGGGGAAAAUAUAAUGCUAAUGCUA